AUGUCUCUUAAUAAGCUAGUUGGAGGCGAUUGCGGUGGAAACAAUUCAUUAGUGCAAUUAUCUAAUAUUGUAAGUCGAGAUGCAAAUUCCCUCUCUCAAGCAGAUCGCUUUGUUAACGAAUUUAUGGCUCAGAAUAUCCCGACACCGCAAACUUUUAACAUGAACGCCUUACUUAAUAAUAUACCGGAAGUUGAAAAACUGAAUAAAGCUUCCUCGUCUGGUACAAUAAGUUCAAUGGCCAAUAUCAGUUCUAAUCUUCAUUCACCAUGGAUGUCAGGGCCCUCAAUGGUUCUACCAGGUCCAAGCAUGAUGAGAAUGUUACCAAUGCAACAACAACCCAUAUUACAACCACAUACAUCAAAUGUACAAAUACAGUACAUAAACGAGUCAGAAAUGGAAAACACUGAUGUGCGUGGUAAAGCACAAGAAUAUGUAAAUAGUGUUAAGGAAGAUGAUGAACUUGCCUAUAACCAAUUUAUGUCAUUUAUGAAGAAAAUUAGUGCUGGGGAAUUAAAUUUGGGUGACACAGGAGAGCAACGAAAUAAGGAUGCUGUGGUGGAAGAAAUGGCUGAAAAAUAUAAAGACGAAUGGGCAAAGCUAAGCGAUGUUAAUGAUUACUGGGACUCGGAAACUGCAAAUGGAAUACCCGAAGAGUAUACAUUCACAGAAGGAAAUGUAAUGUUGGAAAAUAAAAGUCCUCUAGAACUUGGAAAGGAAAGGUUAAAAAUGGGCGAUAUACCUGGAGCAGUGUUAUGCUUUGAAGCAGCAGCGCAGCAGCAACCUGAGUCUGCAGAGGCAUGGUUUCUACUAGGGACAACACAGGCCGAGAAUGAACAAGAUCCUCUAGCAAUUACUGCUCUAAAGAAAUCUUUAUCUAUUGACCCAAGGCAGUUAGAAGCCUACAUAACUCUAGCUGCCGCCUACACCAAUGAAAACAUGCCUAAAUUUGCAUAUUUAGCAUUGACAAAUUGGUUAAAGACCAGUCCAAAAUAUAGUGAUCUAUGUCCACUAGAUAUUAAACCUGAGGAAAUGAACUUAAAACAAUUAGAAUCUUAUGUUAUGUCACAAUAUUUAAAAGCUGUACAGUUAAACCCAUCACAAAUAGAUCCCGAUGUUCAAAAUGCUAUGGGCGUAAUAUUUAAUGCUAACCAACAGUAUGACAAAGCUGUUGAUUGUUUUAAAACAGCACUGAUGGUUGCACCUGAAAAUGCCAAAUUAUGGAACAGGCUAGGUGCCACACUAGCAAACAGUGAUAAAUCCGAAGAAGCAGUUGAUGCCUACCAACAAGCUUUGAAUUUAGAGCCUGGAUUCAUCAGGGCAAGAUACAAUGUAGGCAUAACUUGUAUGAAUUUGAAGGCUCAUAGAGAGGCGGCAGAGCAUUUCUUAGUGGCUUUGAACCAACAGCAUAAGGCAAAGGCGAUGUACCCAGAUACAUCAUCAGCUGACACAAGUUCAUCUACUAUAUGGACCACUUUAAGAAUGGUCUGCUCAUACAUGGGUGAGCAUGAUGCCGCUAAAUUAGUAGAUGAAAGAAACUUGACUGAACUGAACAAGUUCUUUAACAUAGAAGGCUAA